AUGGCGACCAUCCAGCACCAGGGAGCGCCGCCCAUGGCGACGACGGGGGGCGACGAGAUGCGCGCCAUGGACCUGUACGAGAAGCUGGAGAAGGUCGGGGAGGGCACGUACGGCAAGGUCUACAAGGCCCGGGAGAAGGCCACGGGCCGGAUCGUGGCGCUCAAGAAGACGCGCCUCCCGGAGGACGACGAGGGCGUCCCGCCCACGGCGCUCAGGGAGGUCUCCCUGCUGCGGAUGCUGUCCGAGGACCCGCACGUCGUGCGCCUGCUCGACCUCAAGCAGGGCCAGAACAAGGAGGGACAGACCAUCCUCUACCUCGUCUUCGAGUACAUGGACACCGACCUCAAGAAGUUCAUCCGCGGACACCGCCAGAACCACGAGAAGAUCCCCGCACACACAGUCAAGAUCCUCAUGUACCAGCUCUGCAAGGGCGUGGCCUUCUGCCACGGGCGAGGCGUCCUGCACCGCGACCUCAAGCCGCACAACCUGCUCAUGGACCGCAAGACCAUGGCGCUCAAGAUCGCCGACCUCGGGCUCAGCCGUGCCUUCACGGUUCCCCUCAAGAAGUACACACACGAGAUCCUGACUCUGUGGUACAGGGCUCCUGAGGUCCUUCUUGGCGCCACACACUACUCCACGCCUGUUGAUAUGUGGUCCGUCGGCUGCAUAUUUGCUGAAUUGAUCACCACCUCUGCCCUGUUCCCUGGAGACUCUGAGGUGCAGCAGCUCCUGCACAUUUUCAAGUUGCUGGGCACUCCAAAUGAGGAGGUCUGGCCAGGAGUGGGCAAGCUCCCCAACUGGCACGAGUACCCUCAGUGGAAUGUCUCACCCUUGUCUAAAGUAAUUCCCAGUCUCGAUGCUGAUGGUAUUGAUCUGCUUGAGAAAAUGCUGCAGUAUGAGCCGGCAAAGAGGAUCUCUGCAAAGAAGGCAAUGGAGCACCCCUACUUCGAUGACGUAGACAAGGAGCUGUACUGAAGACUAGCAUGAACCCGAUUUCUUGCGACUUGUGCUUGCCCGGAAGCAUCUCUUUUGCUUCCACGGCAUACUUUUUACCACUGUUUUUCCACCUGCUGUUUAGUGUGCGUCAUUCACUGGUAUCUGUGAUGGAUAAUGAUUAUGUAGCGUCCUGCAUAAUUAAACUGUCUUGCUGAAUGUCUUAUGAAACAGUACUGCUUCAAGGACCUCUUUUUUACUAGCUGCUAUGCCAUUCGUUGCCGUUUGUGAUGGAUAACUAAUAUAGUCUUUUCACAAAAAAAAAAACUAAAAUCAGCUUGAUGAA